ACUUGUUGACGGUCGUUUUCCCGCCACCAUCCUAAUAAUCCCACUAUCGACAAACGACUUUCCACCAUACGAACACCGCAAAAAUGGGUGACCAUCACCGAGAUGUCUCCCAGUACAAGUACUCGGCUAUGUCCAACCUGGUUCUCCAGGCGGACAGACGGUUUGUUACGCGACGAACCGACGAGGCUACUGGUGAUCCCGAAUCCCUCGCCGGGCGCCUGAAAAUUAACGACAUGGGCUCUCGAGUUGCGCGCGAUGAGGCACCCAAGCAGAAAAAGGCUUCAGGUCUAUCUAAUAUCCAAAGGGGAGACGUGCAAGAGGGGAAAGACAUCCUAGCUCGUGAGCAACGGAAACGAAAAGGCGACCCAUCACAGAUGCGAGCAACAGGAAUUCUUGGACAAACAGAUCUCCUAGUUGAAGGUCUCAGAUACCGACCACGCAUACCGGCUACCCGUGCUACCUACGAUCUCAUAUUAAACGUCGUUAGGAGUAAUCUUGGUGAUGUGUCUCACGAGAUUGUCCUAAGUGCAGCUGAUGCUGUCUUGGAAUACCUAAAGGACGAGGACAUGAAAGAUUUCGAUAAGAAGAAGGAAAUCGAUGAUUUGCUGGGUGCUUCGUUGAACCCCAAGCAAUUCAACGAGUUAGUCAACCUCGGAAAGAAAAUUACAGAUUAUGAUACCCAGAAUGAUGAUGAGGAGAUGGACACAGGUGCUGGUGCAGCCGAAGGUGAUGAAGAGCUUGACGAACGCCAAGGUGUCGCUGUUGUCUUCGAUGACGAAGAAGAUGAUGACGAAGCUUUAUUAGACGAGGUUCGGGACGAAUCAUCAGACGAUGAAGCAGCCGCAGAUGGUGAUGAGGAGGACCUAACCGGCCUUGAAGAACGAGCGACGGCUGGGGGCGCAGCGGAAGAUCGAGACGAGGAAAGCGCCGGUUUAGCUGACGGGGAAGAGAUGGUGAUCGAUUCUGGAUUACCAGGCAACAAGCGCACGGGAGCGUCCAAGGAAACCAACUACAUCCCUGCACGUCAGAUUGAUGCAUACUGGCUGCAAAGAGAGAUCGGUAACAUAUACAGCGAUGACCAUAUCCGACACGAGAAAACCACACAAGCUUUGCAUAUACUUUCCGGCGAGGCUGACGAGCCUGGUGGAGACGAGAAACCGCUUAGGGAAAUCGAGAACGAGCUAAUGGAGCUUCUUGAUUAUGAACAUCAUGAAGUUGUUCAGAAGCUUAUCGAGAACCGUGAGAAGAUUGUAUGGCUUACGCGCCUGGCCAGGGCAGAAGGUGAAGAGGAAAAGGGUGUCAUCGAGCGGGAGAUGGCCUCCGAAGGCGUCAGGUGGAUUCUAGACGAGCUUCGGGGUAGGAAGGCAACUGACGGUGCAAAGAAGAUGGAGAUCAAGAUGGAUAUUGAUGUCCCGGCAUCGUUCAGUACUGCGCCGAAAGAGGAGCGAGCAGAGGGUCAACUGGUUGGUGGCCUCCAACCACGGAAAUUGAUCAAUCUCGAGAAUCUUGUGUUUGACCAAGGCAACCAUCUCAUGACAAAUCCAAAAGUCAAACUCCCCGAUGGCUCAACGAAACGGACAUUCAAGGGCUAUGAGGAGAUUCAUGUCCCUCCCCCCAAGAAACGCAACCAAGCAGACGAAACUAAUAUCCCCAUUACCGACUUACCUGAGUGGGCACGUGUGCCUUUCAGCUCAGCUAAGGCUCUCAACAAAAUCCAGACGAAGUGCUUUCCAACGGCCUUUGAGGAUGAUGGGAAUAUGCUUAUUUGUGCUCCGACUGGUAGUGGUAAGACGAACGUAGCUAUGUUGACCAUUCUACGAGAGCUUGGGAAAUACCGAGACAUAAAAACCGGAGAUAUUGACUUGGACGCUUUUAAGAUUGUGUACAUUGCGCCUUUAAAGGCUCUGGUCCAAGAACAAGUCGGAAACUUCGGUGCCCGCCUCAAGCCAUAUGGCAUAACCGUCUCCGAAUUGACUGGCGACCGCCAACUCACUAAGCAGCAAAUCGCCGAGACACAGAUAAUCGUUACAACUCCCGAAAAAUGGGACGUCAUCACACGAAAAGCUACGGAUUUGUCGUACACGAACCUCGUGCGAUUGAUCAUCAUUGACGAAAUUCACCUUCUACACGACGAACGAGGUCCUGUUAUUGAAAGCAUCGUUAGCAGGACUGUUAGGAAGACCGAGCAGACUGGCGACCCAGUCAGACUUGUUGGUUUGUCUGCAACGCUACCCAACUAUCGAGACGUCGCCAGUUUCCUUCGCGUGGACCCUGCCAAGGGGCUCUUCCAUUUUGAUGGUUCCUUCCGACCAUGUCCUCUAAGACAAGAAUUCAUUGGUAUUACUGAGAAAAAGGCCAUCAAACAACUCAAGACGAUGAAUGAUAUCACGUAUAAUAAGGUCAUUGAGCACGUGGGCACCCAUCGAAACCAGAUGCUCAUUUUCGUUCAUUCUCGAAAGGAAACUGCAAAGACUGCGCGUUAUGUUCGAGAUAAGGCCCUUGAAAUGGAAACGAUCAACCAAAUCUUGAAGCACGAUUCAGGUUCCAGAGAAGCUCUAAAUGAGAUCGUUAAUGAUAUUACUGAUACUGAUUUGAAGGAUCUUAUUCCUUACGGAUUCGGCAUCCACCAUGCUGGUAUGAGUCGUAUCGAUCGAUCGGAAGUUGAGGGUCUCUUUGCUUCCGGUUUAAUCCAAGUCCUUGUCUGUACAGCUACACUUGCCUGGGGUGUCAACUUACCGGCACAUACCGUCAUUAUUAAAGGCACUCAGGUUUACUCGCCAGAGAAGGGUAGUUGGGUAGAGUUGAGUCCACAAGACGUCCUACAAAUGCUGGGUCGUGCCGGUCGACCCCAGUAUGACACUUAUGGUGAGGGUAUCAUCAUCACAUCUCAGAGCGAAAUGCAGUACUACCUGUCCCUGCUUAACCAGCAACUGCCCAUCGAGAGUCAGCUUGCCAGUAAGCUUGUAGAUAAUCUGAAUGCGGAAAUUGUUUUAGGCAAUGUCCGGACUCGAGAUGAGGGAGUGGAAUGGCUUGGAUACACAUAUCUCUUCGUUCGAAUGUUGAGGUCGCCUGGUCUUUAUAGUGUGGGAGCUGACUACGAGGAUGACGAGGCUUUAGAGCAGAAGCGUGUUGAUCUGAUACAUUCAGCGGCUACCGUCCUGAAGAAGUCUAACUUGAUUACCUACGAUGAAAAGACUGGGAAGGUUAAGGCAACUGAACUCGGAAGAAUUGCAUCCCAUUACUACAUCACUCAUGGGUCAAUGGAUACCUAUAACAAGCUCAUUCAACCUUCAAUCACGACAAUUGAGCUUUUCCGAGUUUUCGCACUCAGCGCUGAGUUCAAAUACAUUCCCGUUCGCCAGGAUGAAAAGUUGGAGCUGGCAAAGAUUCUUGCUCGAGUACCGAUUCCUGUAAAGGAAAGCAUCGAAGAACCACACUGUAAAAUCAAUGUGCUUUUGCAGGCGUAUAUCAGUCGCCUUAAGCUUGACGGCUUAGCGCUUAUGGCUGAUAUGGUCUACGUCACACAAUCUGCGGGCCGUAUCCUUCGCGCCAUUUUUGAGAUUACUCUCCAAAAAGGGUGGUCUAGUGUUACCAAGACGGCUUUGGAUUUGUGCAAGAUGGCGGAGAAGAGAAUGUGGCUAACUAUGACUCCACUUCGCCAGUUCCCUCGUUGCUCUCGAGACAUCAUAACGAAAGCCGACGGUUUGGAUGUUCCAUGGAGUAGUUAUUUCGACUUAGACCCUCCGCGCAUGGGAGAACUUCUUGGGAAGCCGAAGGCAGGCCGUUUAGUGUGUGACUUGGUAGCCAAAUUCCCAAGGGUCGAAAUUCAAGCUCAGGCCCAACCAAUGACCCGAUCCAUGCUUCGGGUUGAGCUGUCCAUCACACCGAAUUUCCAAUGGGACGAUGAAUUGCAUGGAUCUACAGAAAGUUUCUGGAUCAUCGUUGAAGACUGUGAUGGCGAGGAUAUUCUCUUCCAUGACCAAUUCCUGUUGCGCAAGGAUUAUGCCAUAUCGGAAUCUAACGAGCAUUUAGUUGACUUCACGGUCCCUAUUACUGAACCUAUGCCCCCUAACUACUUCAUUUCCGUAGUUUCCGAUAGAUGGCUGCAUUCAGAGACGAAGCUAGCCGUCUCGUUCCAGAAGCUCAUCCUCCCAGAGAAAUUUCCUCCUCAUACCCAGCUCCUGGAUCUACAACCACUCCCGAUCGCUGCAUUGAAAGCGAAGGACUUUUCCAACCUUUACGAGUCUUGGAAUUAUUUCAACAAAAUCCAGACGCAGACAUUCAAUUCUCUCUACACAACGGACGAUAAUGUUUUAAUUGGGGCCCCAACUGGUAGCGGAAAGACUGUCUGUGCUGAGUUUGCUAUCUUGCGUCUUUGGUCUAAGCCAGAAAUUGGCCGUGCCGUCUAUAUCGCACCAUUCCAAGAAAUUGUCGACAUUAGGUACCAAGACUGGACGAAGCGCCUUAGUCACCUACGUGGCGGCAAGGAGAUAGUUAAACUUACUGGAGAAACGGCGACGGAUCUUAAGUUACUCGAAAAGGGAGAUCUCAUUUUGGCUACACCAACGCAAUGGGAUGUUUUAUCUCGACAAUGGCAGAGGCGCAAGAAUAUCCUUACUGUCGAGCUAUUCAUCGCUGACGAGCUGCACCUACUUGGUGGCCCACUAGGAUACAUCUACGAGAUCAUAGUAUCUCGAAUGCAUUACAUCCGCACUACUGCUAGUUUGGAAAUGAGGAUCGUUGGGCUCAGCGUUUCACUCGCGAAUGCCAGAGAUAUUGGCGAAUGGAUCGAUGCUAAAAAGAAGGACGUAUACAACUUCAGUCCCCAUGUCCGUCCUGUACCGCUGGAUCUUCGCAUACAAUCUUUCUCCAUACCCCAUUUCCCGUCGCUAAUGCUUGCCAUGGCCAAGCCAGCAUACCUUGCGAUAACUGAAUUGUCACCGGAUCAGCCAGCUCUAGUUUUCGUCCCGAGCAGGAAACAAACUAGAUCAAGCGCGCGCGAUAUUCUUGCUGCUUGCCUUGCGGAAGAUGAUGAAGAUAGAUUUCUACACGUAGACAUCGACCAGCUUCGCCCACUUCUGGAGCGUGUCCAGGAAGAAGCGUUAGCCGAAGCACUUUCGCACGGCGUUGGCUAUUACCAUGAAGCUCUUAGCCAGAGCGACAAGCGUAUUGUCCUCCACCUUUACAACCAAGGUGCGAUCCAAGUCUUAGUCGCAUCCCGUGAUGUAUGCUGGGAACUAGACUGUGUCGCACAUCUAGUUGUGGUAAUGGGUACCCAGUAUUUUGAGGGUCGCGAACACCGCUAUGUCGACUACCAGCUAAGCGAAGUAUUGCAGAUGUUCGGAAAAGCUCUGCGCCCUUCCCGAGAGGGUCGCAGCCGAGGUGUUCUCAUGGUCCCAGGAGUCAAGAGAGAAUACUUCAAGAAGUUCUUGAAUGAGGCCCUUCCAGUAGAAUCCCACCUCCACAAUUUUGUGCACGACGCUUUUGUUACCGAGGUCAGCACGAAGAUGAUUGAGUCGGCAGAUGAUGCCAUCAACUGGACUACGUUUACGUAUUUCUACCGCCGACUCCUGGCGAAUCCUAGUUAUUAUAGUUUGACAAGUCCAACGCAUGAUGGGCUCAGCAACUACCUCUCUGACUUAGUAGAGACCACCCUGAAAGAGCUCACGGAGUCCAAGAUUAUCGAUUUUGAUGAGGAUGAUGGCUCAGUUGCUCCCCAGAACGCGGCUAUGAUUGCGGCCUACUACAAUAUCUCAUACAUCACAAUGCAAACUUUCCUACUGUCGCUGAGUGCGAGAACGAAACUGAAGGGCAUUCUUGAGAUCGUUACGUCAGCUACGGAGUUUGAAUCGAUCCAAAUCCGACGCCACGAAGACAAUUUACUUCGGCGCAUCUAUGACAGAGUUCCGGUCAAGAUGUCCGAGGUAGCGUACGACUCACCGCAUUUCAAGGCAUUUGUAUUGUUACAAGCGCACUUCUCCCGGAUGCAACUCCCUAUUGACCUUGCUAAAGAUCAAGAAUUGGUUGUCUCGAAAAUCUUGAGUCUUUUGAGCGCAACAGUCGAUGUUCUCUCCUCCGACGGACAUUUAAAUGCCAUGAAUGCCAUGGAAAUGUCUCAGAUGGUGGUUCAAGCCAUGUGGGACCGCGACAGUCCUUUAAAGCAGAUCCCUCAUUUUACUCCGGAGGUAGUCAAGGUGGCAAAUGAAUUCGGGAUUAACGACAUCUUCGACUUCAUGGAAGCGAUGAAUCCCGAAGAGAAUAAAAACUAUUCUACGCUUGUUAAACGCCUCGGCUUGUCGCAAAGCCAAUUGGCCCAAGCGGCGGCUUUCACGAACAACAAAUAUCCUGAUAUUUCUCUGGAAUUCGAGCUUGUGGACGAGGACAAUAUCCACGCGGGAGAGCCGGCGUACAUAAACGUCCAGAUCGAGCGUGAGGUAGAAGAGGAGGACGGGGAAGUUGACACGACAGUCCACGCCCCAUUCUACCCCGCCAAGAAGGUGGAGAACUGGUGGCUGGUCGUCGGAGAUGAGAGCACGAAGACGCUGCUCGCAAUCAAGCGGGUCACAAUUGGCCGGCAACUCAAGGUUAAGUUGGAGUACACAGUCCCGACACCUGGCAAACAUGACUUGAAGCUAUUCUUGAUGAGUGACAGUUAUGUCGGCGUGGACCAAGAACCGACCUUUUCGGUAACGGUGGCGGAGGGUAUGGACGUCGACUCGGACUCGGACGAAGAAGAUGAGGAGGAUGAGUAAACCCCUCAAGGCGUCCCCGCGGGACUCUCCAAAGGUGGGAUUACGCCUACCUAGUGUAUGAAAAGCUUACUGUACAUAUAGCAAGUCAUUCGGGGGAGGCGAAAGAGGCUGCCCGGCGACUGAUUUAGGACAAAAAGGGAUAUGACAAAACGUUUGCUACUUAAAUUCUUUUAUUAUCGAGUGGUCUUAAUGAGGUCCAUUUCC